AGGGCGGGCGCUGCGAGGUGAGGGGCGUGGCCAGGCCGCGAAGAUUGGCACCCGCCUGCUGCGGGUCCUCGGGCGCCAGCUCUCCUGCGCGUCACUUCAUCCCCGCGCGGUCUCGGUCUCUUUCCUGCCAGCUCCUGCUCGGCGGUGUCUGGGUCUGUCUCUGCACUCGCGGGUUUCGUCGCCGCUUCCCUGUCUCCAACGCCCCAGCCCUGCUGCCGGCCCUCCUCCGAGACCCCACGGGAGAGCCCUGAGAGACGUUGGAGCCGAAGCCAUGGAAGAAGUGUCACCGUGCCCCAUCAACAGCACUCUGUUCCAGCAGGAAGACCAGAAAGGGAUCACCUACCGGAUCCCAGCCCUGCUCUACAUCCCUCCCGUCCACACCUUCCUGGCCUUCGCUGAGAAGCGUUCCACAAGCAGAGACGUGGAUGCUCUCCACCUGGUGUUCAGGAGAGGGGUGAUGAAGGGCCACUCUGUACAGUGGGGACCCCUGCAGCCACUGAUGGAAGCCGCAUUACCUGGUCAUCGGACCAUGAACCCCUGCCCUGUGUGGGAGCAGAAUACUGGGCGUGUGUACCUGUUUUUCACCUGUGUGCGAGACCAUGUUACUGAGCAUCGGCAAAUUAUGUCAGGCAAGAAUGCCGCUCGCCUGUGCUUCGUUUGCAGCCAGGACGCCGGGUGCUCGUGGGGUGAAGUGAAGGACUUGACUGAGGAGGUCAUUGGCUCAGAGCUGAAGCACUGGGCCACGUUUGCUGUGGGCCCAGGUCAUGGUAUCCAGCUGCAGUCAGGGAGACUGGUCAUCCCCGCCUAUGCCUACUAUUUCUCACGCUGGUUCCUCUGCUUUCCGUGUUCAGUCAAGCCCCAUUCCCUGAUGAUCUACAGUGAUGACUUAGGAGUCACGUGGCACCAUGGCAAGCUCAUUGGGCCCCAGGUGACAGGCGAGUGCCAAGUGGCGGAAGUGACUGGGAGGGCAGGUAACCUGGUGCUCUACUGCAGUGCCCGGACACCAAACAGAUUCCGAGCAGAAUCUUUUAGUACUGAUUACGGUGAGUGCUUUCAGAAACCAAUUCUGAACCCACAGCUCCAUGAGCCCCGCACUGGCUGCCAAGGCAGUGUAGUGAGCUUCCGGCCCUUGAAGAUGUCUUACUCACAAGACCCAAGUGGUAAAGACGCUCCCACUACCCAGAAGCGCCCUCUGCUGGACAGUUCUCUGGAACUGGAGGAAGGCGUUGGAACACCAUCACCAACAUGGCUCUUGUACUCACAUCCAGCUAGUAAGAGGCAGAGAAUUAACCUGGGCAUCUACUACAACAGGAACCCCUUGGAGGUGACCUGCUGGUCCCGCCCCUGGAUCUUGCACUGUGGGCCCUCUGGCUACUCUGAUCUGGCUGUUGUGGAAGAACAGGGCUUAUUCGCAUGUUUAUUUGAGUGUGGGAAGGAACAUGAGUGUGAGCAGAUUGCUUUUCGUCUGUUUUCAAGCCGAGAGGUCCUGAGCUGUGAGGACUUCACCAGCCCUAGUAGGAACUAAAGCCAAAGCAAGACUGAUGGGUGAGGACCCAACUUUCCACAGGAGGGAAUGGCAGCGACAGCCGGGAUAACAGGUCACUGAUGUCUACAGAAAACCCAAAAAGCGAAUAUUUUGCUCCUUGUAUUUUUUCACUGUUCCCUUUCCAAUGAGCCUAGAGAAAAUUGUGCCUUAUCUUACACAGCAAUAAGGCUGUUGAACUGGGAGUUUGGAGACCAUGAUGUGGUUUUGGCCCUGCUGUUGACUUGCUUUAGGACUGUGGAUGUAUCCCCUGACUCUCUGGGCAUCAGGUCUCCAUUUGUAAAAUGUGAAGGUUGAUUUGUGAUUUCUUGUCUUCCCAUUAAGAGAAGAGACAAGAAAUUACUUCCUGUCCCGCAAACCCUGGAUUCUGAUCUUGAAUGAAAGCCAGAGACUUAUCUUUUUCAAAUGACUCAUUGCUAACCUGAGUAUGAGGUGACAUACAGGUGCUUUAGCCAGAAGAAAGAUCUGUAUUGUUCAAGUUUUAAUAAGGAAAAUGCCCUUAUCCUUCUGAUCACGCCCAGAGCUCUGCAAGUUCUCUAUCCUGGAAGAACUAACUGAGAGAGCAGAACUGUGAGGCCGGCUGCUUUCCCCAGCAUUGCUGCUAUGUUCAACCUCCCCUUCUGCAUCCAGAAAACAUUUCCCAGGGAGAAAAUGAGAAACCCAUGCCAGCAGCCCUUGAUAAUGGUGCUUAUUGCUCUUGAUGCUAUGGCCUCCAUUAAAGAUGAAUCUGAGGGGGCUGAAAGAUGGCUCAGUGGUUAAGAGCACUGGCUGCUAUUCUAGAGGACCUGGGUUCUGUUCCCAGCACCUACAUGGCAGCUUACAACCGUCUAUAACUCCAGUUCCAGAGGCUCCAAUCCCCUCCUCUGACCUCUGAAGGGCACUGCAUGCACAUGGUACACACACACACACACACACACACACACACACACACACACAGACACACACAGGCAAAACACCCAGUUCUCUUGUUCCUUGGCUCACCUCCAUUUUUGGCUCUCCAUCAUUUACUAAGGAUGGUCACAAGGCAGCCUGGUGUGCAGACCUUCAGGUUGAGGUGAAAGGGAUGAAUACGGACUUACUUCCCUUCACUUUUAUGUGAAGCCCCCUGUCAGGGAAGACCGCUCUCCGGUGGGAAGUAAAGAGCAGCCAGGGCCCAAGGGUGACCAGGGCAGGUGACAGCAGGGGCAGUUGGGGAAAGGAGAGGAUGAAAAGAGAAGCACCCUCUGAGGUAGGAACUCACUGGAGAACCCAGCUUUCCUCACACUGUACUAGAUUUGGGUAGGCCCAGUGGCUCAAUUCUGCAGCUAGAGCUAAAGGAUGAAAACAGUAUUGGAAGUUAUGUGGGAAUGUCCAAGAAGGGAGUCAAGGAAGGGAAUUAAUCACCUGCCAACAUGAAUGCCACUUCUCCCGUGGCCCUUCCUUACCCCUCCCUCUCCCCUUGUGUUUGUAUCUACUCAGUGACUAGCUGUAAAUUCCUUAACCGGGAAAAGGCCCACUGUGCUUCUUUCAGAAAAAGUAAGGAGAGGAUUAGGGACACAGGAAGUCCAAGACGAAGACUAGAGAGACAGAGUGGGUGGCGGCAGCUGGGAAGGGCAGGAGCCGCAGAUGUGAGAGCCUGCACCUUUGGGAAGAGAGGGGUCAGGGCCCAGCUUGAGGGGGUGGGGUAGAGAGGAGUGCUGUGGGGAGGAAUCAGCUUGAAGCUGUUGUCCUGAAACUGGCCGGAGGGCAGAGACCUCCACAGGCCUGUGGCUCAGCCUGUGGGGGAAGUCCAACCCGAACCGUUUAGCAGUCUUAGCAUGUUCGUAGUUCAGCUAAGUAACAAAGACAACUGUGGGCACUCCAGCUCCGCCAGUCAUCCAAGCUUUCAGGGCCCUGGAGCCUGUCCCAUGCUGUGGUAACGCUUCAGCUGUUUUCCGGUUGGCGGAGUAGAAAAAGCAGGGCGGGUAGUAACACCUGUGAAGGAAAAUAAAGCAGAAAGACCUGUAGUCCAGGUGGAGAGAAGCCCGUGCAGGCUCUGAUCUUCUGCCUUCAGAGCGUCCCAGUCUUCCCCUGCGGUCUUUAGAACGGGGCAGCACAGCACAGUAGCCCGCCACUGGAGUUCCAGAAAACGGAAUCCUGUCCACUCUCCUGGCUCUGCCCAUGUUCCUUAAGAGUCACCUCAGGACCAUGUCCUUUGGUGCUGCAUUUGGACCUGGUCAUGAGUCUCUCCUCAGAGUGCCAGAAGAUGUUAUGAAGCUUCAGAGUGAACCUGAGAACCCACAGAGUCAUCCUGAGGCUGAAAGAUUGAUGAUCUCCAUCCAGCCUAUUGAGCUGAUCACUCUUCUCCAGAGGGCCAUGCCAUCCCUCUAUACAGCUGAAGUCACAUUCUGAGCCUCCCAUUGGUCCUUCCAUGGGAUGCCAGUAUCUGCUGUGUCUACGAGACCUCUGCUAGGUGGGGUGAAGGAACCCUUGUUCCUUUAUAACCCGGAGUCACAAUAACUUACCUGUAGCAUGGUUUUCCUAUCACAUUCUGAAUUCCCUGGAAGUAAGAGCUGUCUGGCCCCUGUCUUUGUCCUCUGUCCCCAGCACUGGGUCUGAAAUGAUAGGCAGCAGGAGGGAUAGGCUAAAUGAAUAAAUGAAUGAAUGAAUGAGUCAGAAAUUCUUGGCCUACUUUAUCUGCAUCCACCCCUCUCCAGGUGCUCCCACAUUCAAAUACUACUGAAGUGUUGCCUGAAAUAAAUGGUUCCAGGUCAGUUACAAUGCCCCUGGAGCUGGGCUUUUGUCUAGGCUGAGCCUGGUCUUGUCCCUGGAGCUAGGCUUUUGUCUAGGCUGAGCCUGGUCUUGUCCCUGGAGCUGGGCUUUUGUCUAGGCUGAGCCUGGUCUUGCCCUGUUAGAUGUCCCAAACCUAAGGCCAAGCUGUGAUGUGUGGGGCUCUCAUUUCACUACCAUUUCCCUUUUGUCCCUGGUUGGAUUUUCCAUGACUGUUACUCCUCCAGCAUUCCAAGGGAGAUGUUGAGCUCAUCAUGUUCUGAGUGUGUCUUGCUUGACUCUGUGAUGCUGAAAGACCCUAACCUUUCAGGCUUACACACCCCCAAGCCCUAGGAGAAUAAGGAACUAAAAAGAAAACUAGUUCCAAGGGCAACCUGACUCAGCCAUUAUUCAACCACCCCUGCAACAAUGUAACAAUGUAAAGAGAUCUCUGUUAAGAGAUGUGUUCAACUGUGACUGGGAUAAUUGCAAGUGUUCCAGGAAGGACCACUGUGACCUUUGUGUAAACUCCACUGCUGCCCUGAUACCCCCCCUUAAGGUUUCAGGAAGAAUGUACAUGCGGACAUGACUGUACCCACUCUGUGAUCAGACCAUGAUCUUGUGAAAUUAGCCUCUAGACAUAAAUCAAUCAAAACGAAAUUGUAUGGGAAUUGUAAUCUUAUGGCUUUUGUGGGUUUUUCCUUUAAAAGUACCCAUGUGAUUGCAAUAGGCGCGACUCUUGCUCUUUGGAGCUGAGUUAGCCUGUCUGUACAGUCGCUUCAAUAAAUCUCGUGCUGUUGCAUCAACUGGA